AUGUGCAUGCUAGGGUACUGUGCUGGACCGCGCGUGCACGAGGAGGUGUACGUGAACCGCCACCUGUACCAUUCCAUCAACGUACAGGUGGUAGUUGACGCAUCCUGCCGCAUACGCAAUGUGGUUGCGAGAUGGCCAGGAAGCACGCACGACUCCCGGAUUUUCACCGAGAGCACACUAUCAGUCAAGCUGGACGAUGGCGUCUACGAUGGCCUAUCGCUCGGCGACAGCGGCUACACCUGCCAGCCGUGGCUGAUGACGCCCUUCCUGUCGCCAUCAUCAGCAGCAGAAGUCAGGUACAACACGGCACACACCACGACAAGGACAAUAGGCCAGCUGAAGCGCAGGUUCCACUGCCUGCACGCCGAGCUGCGCAUGGAGCCAAGCAGAUGCUGCGACAUCAUCGUGGCAUGCUGCGUGCUCCACAAUCUCGCCAAGAGAUACCCCUGCGUGAUGCCAGGGACUGCCAUCCCGCCUGAGGUUCCUGUGGAGCCCAUGGCAGCCGGCCGUGGAGAAAGCAACGAGGCCCGGCGUGCCCUUGUCGACCAGCUCUUCUGUUGA